AUGCAACAUACAUUUUACAGUAUAUAUAAAGAACACCUACAGGAGGGCUGCAGGGCCCUGCAGACAGGAGACCUGGACACGGCAGAACACAGCUUUGCAGCUGCGCUCAAGAGUGUACAUAAUAAAGGCCAGCACACAAAAGAGGCAGAGCCGCUGUACCAGUUGGGUGACGUCUAUCUGAAGAGAGGAAUCCAGUCAAAAGAGGGGGGUGAUUUCACCAAGGCUGCUGCACUCUGUAACGCAGCACUGGUAAGAGCAAAAAUUGAGGAUAGAGAGGGCAUUAAACAAAUGAUCCUAAGAAUCAACCAGUUAUUCAUUAAGCAUGUAAUGAAGACAGCAAAAGUCAUGGACAUGGGUGACACAGAGAAACACAAAUCAAUAUUGAAGAAAGAUAGAGAGUAUGUAGAAGAAGAAAUGAAACGAAUAGAACAAGAGAUAGAUCCUUAUUCCCUUGAUGACGACGACCCAGAGAUAACAGAAGUGGAGAAGAAGAGAGCGGAAGCAAUCAAAGUUUUGUUACAGACAAUUGUCCAACAGCGGAAAACGUUCUUGGCAGGCCUUGUAGAUGAAUGUAUUGAGGUUAUGGGUCCACCUCCCUGUAAGUACGCCAUGAUAGGUUUGGGUUCACAGGCCACAGGGUUGGUAACCCCAUACUCUGAUCUGGAGUUCGCCAUUUUGGUAGAGGAUGAAACAGAGCAUAAUGUUAAGUAUUUCCGCUACCUCACUCAUUACCUGCAUCUCAAAGUGAUCAAUCUGGGAGAGACCAUUCUCCCAGCCAUGGCGAUUAAGUGUCUGAAUGAUUUCUACUCAGACGACCCGCUAGAAAACUGCUAAUGAGAUAUUAUUACACUGCCAUGCCAUUAAAGCACUUCAUUUCAAAGCUGAACGACAGUGGGCCACAGAAAGAGCAGUCCAUGUUGUUUGACAACUCUUCAGAACUAAAGGUAGAGAUAUAC